GAGUGGCGUUUCACUUUAUACGCUGCCACUGCCGGCCCUUUGUGGCUCUGACUUCAGCCGACACACGCGGUCCCUCGUCGUUGCUUCCCUUGCUUCAUUAUCUCAGCUUCGGCCUCGGCCUGCUCCGUCGGUCGGAGAGCGGGAUCAUGGCUGACAGCAACCACAUCCAGGAGCAGAUGAUCAGGAGGGGAAGUCACACCAGGGAGGUUGACCUGAUCAACAGGGACCCCAAGCAAGUCAACGAGCAUGUGGUCAAGGUGAACUUUGAAGAUGUGAUCGCAGAGCCUGCUGGCACACACAGUCUGGAUGGGGUGUGGAAAGCCAGCUACACCACCUUCACAGUGUCGAAAUACUGUUGUUAUCGCUGCCUGACGGCCGUCUUGGGCAUCCCUCUGUCACUGCUCUGGGGCCUCCUGUUUGCUUGUCUGUCAUUCUGCCACAUCUGGGCUGUUGCGCCCUGCAUUAAGAGCUGUCUAAUUGAAUCCCAGUGUCUGAGUCGAUUCCAAGCGCUGGUCAUACACACGUUCAUUGGCCCGCUCUCUGAGGCAAUGGGGAAGAUAUACAGUGGCAUGAGAGUGGUUUUACGCAAGGAGCCAUAAAUGCUAUAUUCAAGCAUGAAGACCAAUUUCUGGACAUCUGAAACAAAAGAUCCAAGCUAAAUAGUUGUCAUUGUUUGAAUCUUAAAAUUGUCUCAACAUGAAUGUCAGUCUUUUUAUAAGAUGAUAGUAAUUUCUCCCACAUGCCGUGACAGACAGGG